UCCCCAGCGCCGUUCGUUUUUCCGGGGCGCCGCGAGUGGCGAGCGGACUUGCGCGGCUUCUGCAUUGCGCUGCAGAGUGGUCACGGGAGCGGCGCCACAAGCACCAUCGGCACCAUGUCUGAGAGUUCGGGCGUCCGGAAGCUGGCUCGGGAAGCCGCCAUCCAGAUCGUGUCGGGAGGAUCGGCGGGCUUCGUCGAGAUCUGCAUGAUGCACCCGCUGGACGUGGUCAAGACCCGCUUUCAGGUCCAACACAAUCAGCUGCUCGCCGCUGCCGGGGAGCACCGCUACACCUCGAUCGCCGACUGCUUCCGUCACAUGGUCCGUUCCGAAGGAUUCCUGGCCAUCUACAAGGGAAUCCUACCGCCCAUCCUGGCCGAGACUCCCAAGCGAGCCGUCAAGUUCUUCACGUUCGAACAGUACAAGAAACUGUUCGCGUUCGGCGGUCCCCAGACGGCUGUGAGCCUGUCUCUGGCCGGACUGUUCGCGGGUCUCACCGAAGCUGUUUUUGUGAAUCCGUUCGAAGUGGUGAAAGUGCGACUGCAGACCGAUAAGCAGGUCGUCACGAGGCAGCCGAGCACGUUCGCCGUGGCCAGGAGCAUCUACCGCGAGGCAGGUUUCGGGCUUCGUGGCCUGAACCUCGGACUCACUUCGACCAUGAGUCGCAACGGACUGUUCAACAUGUUCUACUUCGGCUUUUACUUCUCGGUCAAGGACAAGCUGCCAAAGACGGACAGCGAGGCAGUCACCUUCGCCAUGCGGCUGGCCACGGGAUUCGUGGCGGGCACGGGUGCUUCCAUGAUGAACAUACCGUUCGACGUGGCCAAGAGCCGCAUCCAGGGUCCGCAGCCGGGGCCACCGGGCACGAUCAAGUACAGGACUUGCCUGCAGAGCGUGCGCACUGUGUACGUGGAGGAAGGUUUCUUCGCGCUCUACAAGGGACUCGUACCCAAGGUCCUUCGGCUUGGUCCCGGAGGCGCAGUCAUGUUGGUCGUCUAUGAGCACAUGCAUGAAUUCCUCAAGAAAAAGUUUCCUGGCUGAUUGUGUCACAUGCACAGUCUAGAGCCGCAAGAAAUAGCGCGA